UUUUGUUUCCGGUGCUGAAGCCUGGAGCCUAGCCCUACGCUCACAGCGCAUUUCACUGCGCAUAAUAAGUAAUCUGCGGUUAUCGCAGUAGCGCGGGCUCAACCGCCAAAAUGGCUCUAACGGUCGUCCAAAUGGAUGUCAAGCAUUAUUUUAGCAGAGAAGGAGAAUGCAGGCUUACCAGAUGAGCUUUCAAAUAAGCAAAAAGUUGGGCAAACAACCAACAACACAUCAAUAUUGAAAUCUUCGCAAAAGGAAAACUGCGAGCCUUGUGUAAGCCCUUCUUUAUCUCCGAAGAAAAACCCCAAGGUAAGCUUUAAAAACACACCAGUGCGCCAUCGCCCUGAGAGAUACAAGAUUGAAUUGCCUCAGUUGGACACAUGGGAGGAGAUCCGUUGUCUUGAUGAGGAGGAAAAUUGGACGGAGCGGACACAGGUGGUGACCAAGGAGGAUCAUCAAUUGCAUUUAGAGACUGCAAAAGAAUUCCUUGAAGAAAUUAUUAACAACCUUCCAAUAAAAAGAGAAGAAAACAACAAUACUGACACACAAAAAGCAAAUACACAGAUGGAGCAGCCAGAACAAGCAAAUAUUAACAAAUCCAAGUCCCCAGCGAGGAUAGCAAAACCCAUUAAAGGAGGCAUAAGAUCCCCACCAAUUCCAAAAGCCUUUGAGACGGAAUUCCCAGAACUUAGAGAUGAUGAUAACGAGGUUCAAAAUGUGCUCAACUCCCCUGGACCACUGGAUCCUGUUAUAGCUACAGUAGAGGCUUAUCUUAGCGCUGGGGAGGAUGACAUUCCUAGGCAGUUCUCACCCAUUGGCAGUGAGAGGACCUCUCCUGAAACAGCCAACAUGAUGAGCAGCCAGGAAGACCUUGAUAAACUUCUAAUCCAUGGUGAUGAGACAGAUAUUGGAGAUGUUCCACCUUUGAAAAUCCAUCACUCAGAACCUAAACCGGACAGUCACAAUGAUAAGGGCAUGGUCAAUCAUGACAGGAUUCCAAUCAAGGCAGUCCAAGACUCAACCCUAGAUACAGAACUCAAGGUAAAUGGUGAAGAAAAGGAGGAUGCUGAGUUUGAUUCACUUCCUGUGAAACCAAGAACGCCUAAAUCAGGUGCUACAGCGUCAAAUGCAGAAAAUGGGGAUUCAGAGUUUGAUGCGCUUUCAGUAAAGCCCAGAUCACCUAAAACAAUCACUACAUCAAGUGAAGAAAAGGAGGAUGCUGAGUUUGAUGCACUUCCUGUUACACCAAGAGUCCCAAAAUCUGGUGUUAAAAAUCCAGUGGCCAAGACAGGGAAAAGCCCUGACAAGGAGGAGAAGGAGAAAUUCAAAAAACCUCUUCCUCCAAAACCUUGGAAAAUGAAGAAAAAGAAAGUUCAGCAGGAGGAUGACACUGUUGUGAUCUUUGCUGGGGCAGAUAAGGCCCCGCCCACGGGGACACCUUCUGCCGAGACCCCUCCUGCUGAGCAUACUGAAGAUACUACCAGUGACAAGAGUGCAAUGAUGGGAGCCCCCUCUAGUAAACUCAAGGGUCAGCAAAGUGGUGUUGGUGCUACUGAGAUUCUCGAUGAUAACGUUGGAGGUUUAAAGACCGAGUCAAGCUUCCCAGAUGGUGACCAAGACUCUUUGGGUCUCGGAGAUGAUGACUUUAAGUCAGCUGCUGAUGCGUUUUCCCUAGAACUCGAUUACCUGGAAAAGUUUGGCAACUCUAGUGGCAUGGACAAGCUGUCUGCGCUUGCUCGCCAGUCGCUGUACGUCAAGUUUGACCCACUCGUGGGCGGAAGGACGGCCUCGCCAGCCAAAGAGGCCUUGAACAUGAAGGCAGAUGCCCUUAACUCGAAAGCCAUCCCAACCAUUGGGGGUGACUUGUUCCUGAUAGACACGCCUCCAUCCAGCAAAGGACAUGUAUCCCGGGGAACCGCAAAUGCGACCACCAAUAGCCCGGCCAGUGUAGACAAAUUACUGACGUUUAGCCCCUCAUCUAAGUCCAGCGUAGAGCAAGCAAAAACAGACGAUUCGGUACAGAAAAGCGAUGGAAAAUUACCACAAUCGCCGAAAAAGACGAAAGGAGCGGCAGACGAUGAGCUCCAUCUUGUGCAGCCCUUGUUAUUUGACAAAAGUGACAUCGAAGCUGCACUGAAAAAAGAAAGGGAAGCUUUACUAAAACAGGUACACGAGGAGUCGGCUAUCCGAGACAUGGAAAUCCAGGAGAUUUCCAAGAAGUGUCAGGCGUCGACGGACGAGAACGAGAAGCUACGGCGGGAGAACGAGGAGCUGAGGACGGUGAUGAACGAGUACGAGCGCACGAUGGCGGAAAUGAUAGAAAACGGCAAGAAAUCCCAAACAAUGUUCGACAACUCGAAAAGCGAGGUUAUCAAGGAACGUGAUCAGCUUCAAGCUGACCUAAACUCCGUCGAAGCCGCAUUCUCCGACCUCCACAGAAGAUACGACAAACUCAAAGGUGUCGUGGAAAACUUUAAAAAGAACGAAGAAAUUCUCAAGAAGGCGGCUCGAGAUUACCAAGAGAAGCUGAAAAAAUCCGAAGAGAAAUAUCAACUGCUCAAAAAACACGCGGAGGAGAAAAUCGAAACUGCUAACGUCGAGAUUAACCGUGUUCGCCGGUCGAACGACUCUGAGAUGGCAGUUAUGCGUGCAGCGCUCAAGAAGGAACAGACGAAGGUGGCAAGUCUCGAAACUAGCAUACAACAAAAGGUCGAAGAGAACAAAGAGCUGACUGCAAUCUGCGACGAGCUAAUCCAGAAUGCGAGUCAGCGCAAGUGAAUAAUGCGCCACUGAUUUGCGCACCCCAAGACGCACGCGGACCCCUCCGUCACGUUAUACUUGCUUAUACAAAAGAUUUACAGAGUAUCUGCUAUAUGAACGGUUAUGGACACAAGGCAAUUACUGCCGUGCAUUAAGUCAUGCGAAUUUAGGUAGAGUAGGACAAUUUAUGCAUAAGAAAAUAGAUAAAUAUUUGUCCAUGUGAAAUGGGUGCUUGAGUGCAUUUAGAGCUGUUCAGAGCAUUGUGGUAAACUGCACCAUAAUAACGAUCGCUUAAAUGUCCAUUGCACUUUUAUUGGGUCGGCAGGACCUUGUGUUUUCCAGAAGAGGAAAAGGGGGUUGGGUUUACAAGUAGAGGGGAAGUAUUCCAUAUUGAUCUUGGAUAAGAGGCGUAUCACAUAUGGGUCAUUGCCCUUCGUUUAUCCAGGUGGGAGGGUUAAGGAAAGAUCCAGUAGGUUUAAAAGCGCACGAAUCAGUCAUUUCUCGCGCACAGUACACGAUGCCAUCUUAUCCAUAGAUAAAUAUCCUGGAUUUGAUAAUUUAUGCAAAGUAUUGCAAAUGUUAAAACUCUACAAUUGAGUAUUUUCUAAUUGAGGAAAUCGCAGUAUUUUGGUAUUCUUAUGGAAUCUUGUAAGCUGUGAUUUGUUCGCUUUGUUUGCAUGGUCAUUUCAUAUUGGCCGCAUUGUAAAUAAGAUUACAUGAGUUUUCAGCCAUUGUAAGCGCCCCUACAUUAUCCGAAAUUGGAGUUUGUAGAUAUGAUAUCAUUAAAAACAUGAUUCGAA